CAUCAGAGGUUCACACCCCCGCGAGGACUUUUCCCAAAACAUUCCGCUGCUACGUCACCAGCUCCCGCCCCGCUCCGCCUCGUGCCACAACGACUCCGGCUUGUCAGCUGCACGAGACGUGCGGCAUCUCGUCUCAACCUAUGAAAGCUGUCAGUCAACGCUAGCGUCUAGCUCCUCUCGCUUUAAACUUAAACUUAUCUUCGCCGAACAGUGAAGAGCCGGAGCCUGGUUCUAACAGCGGGAACAGAGCCCUGUCACGCCUGCGUGUGUGAGAGUGUGUGCGCCUCCCCGGCGGCUGGCGCCCUUUGUAACUGAAGUAGUGAAUGGCCCAGGCAGAAAGAAAUGAGCUGGGCUGAGGAGGACUGGACAGUAGGGCUGUCUGGACGGGUCCUGCAAAAGGUGAAGGAGCUGCAAAUCCAUCAUGAACGGCUGUCCAGGGAAAACAAGCAGAAACAGCUGCAGCUGGACAACAUCCAUACAAGCCUUGAGAAGCAAACUGUGAAAUAUGAGGAGGUACGUGUGGAGCUGCAGUCGGUGCAGCGAGAGCUCCAAAACGUUCGGGAUGAGGCCACGACAGCGGUGACGAGCAGGGACCGCCUUGCGCUGGAGCUUCAGACUAAGCAGGCCCAAGUUUGCUCUUUGGAGGGCCAGCUAGAUGCUGCUCGUACCCUCAACAACAAACUCACCCAGGAAAUCAAAAGGCUGGAAGCCGAGCUAGAGAAGCUGCAGAACAGCAUCAGGUCACCAGAUACCUCUCUGUUUUCUACUCCCUGCUGGAAUACAGGCUCGCCCUGGGAACACAAUGGGAGCCGACAGGAAGAGAAACAGGGGCACAGAGAUGAAGGGCAGAGCCGGGCUCCUCACAUCCGACAGCGGCUUCAGUUCUCUGAGACACCCACACCUUCAUUGCCACAACAACAACACAAGAGCACACGCCACAGCCACUCACCCGUCCAAUCGGACACCUUCUCCACUCCCUUGGGUGUGUUUCCAUGGGAACGGGAUGACACAAAACCAGCAGCAAGGAGGCGACCUCCGCCCUCUCCCUCUUUGAUGCCGUCCUCUGAUGUCACAAAUCAAGGCCUGUCAGAGCAGGGGGGUUAUGGGAAGGACCGCAGGACAGAGACAGACAGUGAGUGGGGAUGGAAUUACUCUGUGUUAUCCAUUUGCAAAUUACAGAUAUAUACGCACGCAACUCAGGCCAGCAGCAUUCAUCCUAAAACAAGAUUAAAAACCUACUGCACUCGUUACAUAAGAGGUUGUGUAGAAAUGACUGGCCAGAGAUUCCUCUGCCUGCUCCCAGGCCGGCUUCAUGAUAAAGUCUCCAAUGAGCUUAGCCUGGCACAGACACGUAUGGCCCAGGACAGUGAACGGGCGUCAGGAGCUGAGCAAAGACUGAAGCAACUACAAGAGGAGCUUAAGUGUCAGAGGCAAAAUGCAGAAAGCAGCAGACUGCAGCACCAACAGCGUUGCAAAGAGCUGGAGAAACAACAUCAGAGGGAUUUGACAGAACUUCAGAAGGAGAGGCAGUGUCUGGAGAAGCAGCAUCAACAGGAAGUGAAUAAGCUCAACCAGGAGCUUCAACAGGCUAGAACGCUCCACAAUGCCCUGCAGGCACAGGCUGACAAGCUUUCUCUACAGAAGCAGGCGCUGGAGAAAGAGUUGGAGACUCUGAAAGAGAAACUGAAAUGGACAGAGGGACAGCUGAAGGAGAGCCAGAAGAAAGAAGCACAGACACAAGCCAAACUGACGGAAGCUGUGCGUGAGGCAGAGGGCGUGGCUGUGACUCUGGAGCAGAGCAGGAAGCGAGAGCGAGCUCUGGAAGAGGAGGGGAGGAGACUUGCGGAUGAGCGAGCUGACACCCUGCGUCUCCUGAAAGAACUACAGGAGCAAAAGUCAGCACCUCCUCCACAAUCUGUGCAGUUUUGCCCUGUUGGACAGAGUUUUUCAUCUCAGUCUUCCUCAUCUCAUCAUCCUCGACCGUCAGCCCAAACCAAGAGGCCUUCUUCAAACCGAGCUGAGCAGAGGAGGGAAGAAGAGGAUGCACAGGAGAGAAGGACAGAUAUCAGAGCGUCUUAUCCUUCUGACAGAGAGCCAGGAGAAGGAAUUGACUCGGAACACAUCAGUGCCUUAAUCUCCCCAGACUCCUCAGAGUGUUUAAAGAGAGCAGGAGACAAAGGGAAAAUUAAUGAAGAGGAGAACAAAGUUGUAAAUGAGGCAAUAGAAUGUGACGUCUCUCAUACGCCCAUCAACAACUCUAACGCUAAAGAUCUUGAUAGAAUGAUCAGUCUUGAGCACUCACUUAAGACACAAAAUAUGACCCUUUCUGCAGAAAAGACACCUGCUCUCAAGUCUGAGCAGACCGUUCCCUCUGAAGACCUCAAAAAGGAGAACGCAAUGCUCCAUUCAGAGCUUCAAGAUGUACGAGAAGAACUGCAGAAACGACUAGAGGACCUGGAAGCCCAACGAAGAGCUGAGACAGAAGCCAGGACCCGCCUUAAACAGCUUAGCCGCAAACACACCAGCCAGGCUGCAGAGAAAGAGGAGAAAGAAAAGGAAUGGAAGACACAACUGGAGACUGAAAGAGCUGAAACAGAGAGGCUGAGGAGGGCGAUGACUGCUUUGGAGGCAGACAUAGAGCGUGUAAAGGAGAGGGGAAGCGAGCAGGAGGAAGAGAAAAACAAAGAACAACAAGAUAGGGAGAGUGAAAUGGUAGAGCUUAAUAUUCAGCUUAAAAAACAGCUGGCAGAGGUGAAAGCUCAGCUGGCUUUAGAGCGAGAGGAAAAAAAGAGAGAAGAAGAGGAGAGAAGCCAAAUAAUAAACACAGACACUAAUGUAAAGGAACAGCUGAGCAUGAAGGUGGCAGAACUUAAAGCUCAAGUGGAAGAACUGAAGCAAAAAAGAAAACCCAUACAAGAAGAGAAGCGCACAGAUGCAAACACUCCCCUGACGUAUUUGACUCUUCGUGAUGACGAGCUCAACUCCAACAUCAAUAGCUGUGGCAACACACUCCUGCCUUCACCAGAGCAGCACCUCCUUUUCUGCCAGUCCACCAACCAACACAACAUGCUUGUUUCUCAGACAGCAGCAGACAUCAUCCAAGAAAAGAGCAAUGUGAUAGAUGCCGAGCACUCUCCUCUGUCAGAUGAUGUUCAGAUGGGCCGAAUAGCCUCAGACCCCCAGAAGGCUGAGCCUACAGCCUCUAAUUUGGUGAAAGAGGUGGAGCGACUGAAGAAUGAAAAUGCAAAGGAGACAGAGCGCGCUAAUCAGUGUCAGAUUAAACUGGAGGCCCUGCAGAGCCAGGUGACACGUCAGACGCAGCAGCUAACCAUGGCCUUUGAGAAGCAGAGUCAGCACAUUGCAGGCCUUCUAACUGAGCUACAAGAGAAGGAGAGCGCCCUCCAAAGCCAAAAACAGGAACUACUACAAAGCAAGCAAGAGCUGGAUGAACUAAAGAAUGAUAAAAAGGAUGAGGUGAAGAUGAUGGUCAAAGAGGUGGAGGAACAGAUACAAAGUGAAGAACAGGGAGAUGAGAAGCCGGUGGAGAAUUCAGAGCUCUCACUAAAACAGGAAAAGGAGAGUAGGGUCACCUGUCAAAUUGCAGAGUCACUGCCUGAGAGUGACUUGAACGCACAGUGUGAUGCAAGUCAGCCAGAAACAUGUGAUACUCAAACGGCAACACCUGAUAGCAGUGAAGAAGCUAAUAAAACAGGGGACCAGCAUCCUGAAUCUAUAGACUCGAACAAAACUCAGAGUAACCCUGACUCUGCUUGUGUGAUGGUAGAGACUGAGUGCGGUCAAAGCGGAAAAGAAGCAGAUAUCCUUACUGAACUGCUCACUCUCAGACGGGAGAAUGAGCUGUUGAAACAAAGAAUUGAGGGCCUGACCAUCUCUGACGCACAAAACCCGACAUCACAGACUGACGCUGAAAAUCAAGACGAUCCAACACAAAGCCAAAACACACCAAACGCUGCACUGUCCUGCUUGGCAGAAGACGGGACACUGAGUCUGCUGAAUGACGUCAUGACUGAGGGACUGGAGUCAAGUAUGAAUGAGGAAGAAGAUGAAGGACAAGAUUUAAAAAAGGAAGACCAAAGAAACACGAGAGCUGAAGAAGACCUGGAGGAAAUGUCUGAGGUGCAUGUAACUCAACUACAACAACAGGUGGAGGCACUGCAGACAAGGGUACGAGCUCUCUCUGAGGAGACCCAGCAGCAGGCAGAGGAGCUUGCUGUAUGGAGACUGGCCUCCCAAACAGCACCAACAUUUGAGGAAUGUGAAACCCAUGAACUGACCUCUGCUGUCACACAGUCCCAGUCAAACCUGGAGCAAACAGAUGAGAUGACCCAGUGCUCACCUCAAACUCUACCUGUUCAGGAUUCGGUUCAGACACCCACACUGGAUAGACAGAAGAGCCAGGAAACCAUCACAGUCAUCAGAGAAGACGAGUUACUCAUGUCCUGCUCCUCCAACAGACUGCAGGGCCGCAUGUUGUUCUCCAGACUGCAGAACAGCAACCUUGUUGAACCAAAGAGCCUCCAUCCCUUUAAAACUGCUGAAAUUUUUCAAGGAUACAGACAGGACCCUGCCACAGCUGACCAGGAAUCUGAAAAAGAAAACCAGGAGAUUAACUUCACACAAUGGUCAGAAAAUUGUCCAAAAGUAAAAAGAGACAGUCAACUCAUCCAAAUGACAUUGGAGAAAAUGGCUCAACAUCACUCAGGCGAAGUCUGUGAGCCAGAUUCGACCAAAACAGAAGCCAAACUAAACACAACGACUAAUUCCUCAGACAGAGUUGUCAAGACAGAAAUGAAAAGUGUCAGCAGUCAGACAGAGGAGAGUUUGAAUCCUCGUGGCAUUUCAACAGUAUGUGUUAACACUCAGACUGAGGAGGAGGAAGAACAAGGUUCAGUGGAUUCCCCUCCUGUGUCUCCUGUCCGGUUAUCUGCGGAGGCGGCGUCAGGAGACAAAAUCUUGUUUUCUGGUUCCUUCCCCAUCCCGGCUGACCCGGCACGUUUGGCUGAAAGAAUUCGCCGCAACAGGACGCAGCUGUCAGCUGCCUUUGACGACACAGAAUACGAACCCUACGGCCUGCCGGAAGUCGUCAUGAAAGGUAACUUUGUUGUUUGUGGGCCUGUAGAGUGA